AUGGCUGUUUUUUCAGCUAAGGCCCUACUAAUACACCUCCUCUUUGUUCUAGUACUUGCCUCAUUCUUGGGGCUCAGCCAUGGAGAAGGCACUGAUCCAAUCCUCUCAACUAAUCUUAUUUUUAGUGAUGGGCCGGAAAUCCGACGUGGGCGGUCGGCAUCACCAGCACCACCUACCCCCUCACCACCACCACCACCACCUCCGCCGUCACCACCACCACCUCGACAGUCACCACCUCCACCCUCACCCUCACCCUCACCCUCACCAUCACCAUCUCCGUCGUCACCACCUAGACGAUCACCAUCACCAUCUACGCCAUCUACACCAUCACCAGCACCAGUUCCGUCGUCACCAUCACCACCUCGACAGUCACCAUUAUCUCCGCCUACGUGGUCACCAUCACCAGCUCCAUCGUCGCCACCUACGCGUUCACCAUCACCAGCUCCGUCGUUAACACCUACGCCGUCACCGUCACCGUCACCAUCACCACCUCGACAGUCGCCAUCACGACAUUCGCCUCCGCCAUCAACUAAUGAUAUUGCUGCUGCUGUUGCUGCUGCUAUUGCUGCUGCCCAAGCUGCUGCUGCGGCCGAAGCUGCUGCUGCCGCCCAAGCCGCUGCUGCGGCCGAAGCUGCUGCUGCCGCUACUGCAGCUGCAGCUGCCAGAGGUGCUGCUUCUGGCGAAGAUGGUGGUGGUAGUCGACGCCCAUCACCACCAUGUAAGCCAUCACUUCCGUCACCACCUGAUCAGUCUGCAAAGAAACCACCACCUUCACCAGCAAAGCAAUCACCACCACCGCCACCGCCACCACCUUCUAAGAAAUCGCCUUCGCCAGCUCCUCCUCCAUCAAUCGCUAAUCCACCAGUUAUGGCACCAUCACCAUCACCAUCACCAACUGCUCAGCCACCUGUAAUAUUAGCACCAUUUCCAUCACAUGCAGCGAAUCCACCCCCUAUUCCACAUCUACCAACACGACCAGUUAAGCCGCUUACACCUUCAGCUCUUCCCACCGCCAAGCCAGCUCUAACGGUCAAUGGUCUUGUUUACUGUAAAUCCUGCAACAGCUAUGGGGUUCCCACACUCCUCAACGCUUCCCUACUUCAAGGAGCUUCUGUGAGGCUAGUUUGCUACAACGGAAAGAAUGCAAUUGUUCAAUCGGCCACAACAGACAAGAAUGGAGAGUUCGGGAUCAUGCCCAAAUCUUUAAGCGGAGCAGAUAUAGGCAAAUGCAAAGUAUACUUAAUGAAAUCACCAAAUCCCAAUUGUAAUGUCCCAACAAACUUCAAUGGUGGAAAAUCAGGUGCUUUAUUGAAACCUAUCGUACCCCCUAAGCCACCGAUUGUUACCCCUGCGGUACUCCCGGUCCAACCACCCAAGUCUGAUUUCUAUAGCGUUGGACCUUUUAUAUUUGAAGCAUCAAGUAAAAUGCUAUGCGGAAACAAGUGAGCUCGAAACCAUGUGAGAAAGAUAUAGGGAAAAAGUUGAAGAUUAAGAGAUCAGAUUGAGUUUGUGGUGGAAAAUCCUUCUUUUAAUUUAUAUAGUUUAAAAGGAAGAACCUUUGUACCACUAUACAGAAAUCAGUGGAAUCGCAAAAGUCAAAAGUAGAUACUACAUCAAAAUUAAUAAUUUGAGUUAUAUUAGAAUGAGCGAAUGACUUUUGGUAAUUUUGAAUCUCCAAAAUUUGUUUGCCUAAUGACAUGCAUAAAUAAGGACAGAGAUGAAGUAUUGAAGUAUGGAUGUCCCCAAAAAAAAAAAAAAUCAUGAAAUGAAUAUGAACAUACAUCUGUAACACAAUUAAGAGAUGCAUAUUUAGGAGAAGAUAAAAGUGUUGUGAAGGGAUGAAAAUCAUUUACACCCUCAACUUUACGUUAAAAAUCAAACUCCUCAUUAAACUUUGAACAAUAGACAUUCUUCCUUCUUUAUCCUAAUUGACUUUUUUAAA